UGUUGCAGUACGACAUAUUAAAACGUUGCACUUAUUAACAGCGUGACCUUUAUCAAGCGUGGACUGCAAAUGAAUAAAAACUCAGCGACUGCAAUGAUAAUGGCACAAUGGGACUCUAUGCUUUUUUGACCUGUGAAAAAUCCCAACGCGUGCAAAAAAGGUUCUUUGUCUGUGUUGCUGCUGCCAGUCCUACAUAUGGAGAUGUUAGGACGACUCUUCCUUCAACGACAUUUAAAUGAACUCUGUAAAAGUGGCAGGUUGGCGUUAUGCCUUGUCAACAAAACGCAAGCAAUCAGGACACGUCCAGCUCUUUCUAUUUGCCACUCAAAUCGUCUCUUCAGUACUGGGAGUCCACAGAAAAGGGAGAACGUUGACUUGGACAAAUGGAAAUCCGUGAUGAGAUCCCAAGCUUCAUCAGCCGAGCAAGAAGAUGCUCAGGAUGAAGAAGAACGCGAUGAGGAGGAAGAAAAAAUUCCAGAAGGUUUGGAGGCAGCUCGGGAGCUGGUGGCGAUGUGGCGGCUAGCUGGCAAACUGGUACCCCAAGAGAUGUCUGAUGACGAGUUAAAGAUUGUGGCAGACCUCACCACCAAGUCAGCUCGAAAGAAGUACCUCAAGUACUUGGCAACGAAGGAAAUGCAUAAAAGAGCACGCAAGGAGAAGAAUCAGCAGAAGAAAGCAGAGAGGGAAGCGGCACUUGAGCAGCAAAGAGCUCAAAAUCCAGAUGGGGAGCAGAAUGAAAUGAAAAACACUAUCUCCCUCCAGUUCUGGAGUCGCAGCCUGGACCGACUUCUGGCCUGGCGGGGCGCCCAGGCCAUGUUGUAUGACCAGCCUUUGGUCUUUGACAUGAGCUACGAGUCCCACAUGUCCAGGCGGGAGCUUGAAAAUACGGUGACCCAACUGAUGGAGGUGGAAGGAUGGAACCGACGUGCCAAGGAGCCUUUCCAUCUGCAUUUUUGUAACCUUCAACCAGAUGGAGCCUACAAGAGGGAGUUCCUCAAGCGCUACGGUGCGGAAACCUGGGACCGCCUGCUCAUCACCGACACACACGCUCACCCCGUUGAUCUGUUUCCUCGCGAUCGGCUCGUUUACCUCACGGCCGACUCGCCGAACAUUCUCCGCACCUUCGACCCUUCGAAAGUGUACAUCGUCGGCGCCCUCGUGGACCGGUCCAUUCUUCCCGGCUUGUCUCUGGCCAAUGCUAAGCGUCUGAAGUUGGCCACAGCCCGUUUACCACUGGAUGAGUUCCUACUCUGGGAGAUGGGAGCCAAAAAUCUCACCCUGGAUCAGAUGAUUCGUAUCAUGAUCAGCGUGAAGGAAACCGGCAAAUGGGAGGAGGCGUUGAAGUUUGUGCCCACCAGGAAGCAUGUUGGCUUUCACCGCGACCAGCAAGAAACCACCAAUCGCGUACCGGGAGAGGACGGAGACAGGUUUUCCAAAUACGCAAGUCCAAAAAGUAAGACACUCAGAAGUGGUUCGUUCAAGUCUAAAGGACAAUUCGGUUCGGCUGGGUUCAAACAAGAGGCCGGAGCGACUCAGAGCAGAGCUGCAAGCAGAGUGCGGCCAUCUCUGAAGAAUAGUCUGGAAGGAAAGCGCCAAAGCAAGCCGUGGUGGAAUGACGAUUAAUGGCUG